AUGACCUUAGCUAAUAAUACAUCAUUGAAAAAAACUUCAUCAUCAGGUACAACUGAUUCACCAUAUCUUGGUUCAAAAAUUAGUCUUGUAUCAAAAGCUAAAAUUCGUUAUGAAGGUAUUCUAUAUACAAUCGAUGCUAAUGAAUCAACUGUAGCACUUUCGAAAGUACGUUCAUUUGGUACUGAAGAUCGUCCAACUGAUCGACCUGUACCUGCUCGAGAUGAAAUUUUCGAGUAUAUUAUCUUUCGUGGUGCUGAUAUUGAAGAUCUUCAAGUACGCGAACCUCCACAAAGUUCAUUAACACAAGAUCCAGCCAUUGUUGAGUCGUCGGCAUAUCCGGAUAAUGCUCGUUCGAAUUCAAUUGGAACUAAUACUAAUCUUGGAGGAAUAUCACAAAAUGGUCAAACACGUUCAUUAUCAAAUCGAGGUACAAUGCCAUCACCACCUACACGUCAAAUUAGUGGCAAAGGUUUAAAAUCAUCUGAAUCCUUACGUCCAUAUAAUUUAAAUCAAAAACAUUCAUCAAGACAUUUUAAUCAACAAUCACCAUCACGUCAAUAUGAUGUACAAAAUUAUUCUUAUGGUAAUCAACGACGUACUACUCGUCAACAAGAUUAUUAUAAUGAUUAUAUUCCAUAUCGUCGAAAUAAUGGUUGGUUACGUCAAUCACAACAAUUUUCAAGACCAUUACAAAAUUAUAAUGAUAAUCGAUUUUAUUCAUCGAGACGUCAACAACAACAACCAUCAACAGGAAGAUAUAAUUAUCGUCAACGACGUAAUUCAACUGGUGAUAUAUCUAAUAAUCAACAACAAAUACGAACAAUUAAUAAUCGUCAACAACGUGAACGUAAUAAUGUUAAUAAUCGUUUAUCAUUAAAAUUUAUUGGUGAUUUUGAUUUUGAAAAAUCUAAUGCUGAAUUUGAUAAAAAUGCAAUUGAAGAUGAAAUAAAAAAAAGUUUAUCAAUUAAAAUAAAUAAAAAUGAUUCACCAAAAAUUGAACAAGAAAAUGAUAAAGAAAAUCAAUCAACAAUACAAUUAGAACAACAAGAAACUAAUUGUGAUGAUUAUUAUGAUAAACAAAAAAGUUUUUUUGAUCGUAUUUCAUGUGAAGCUACAGAAAAAGAAAAAACAAAUGCUCGUCGUAAUCGAAAUGAAGAACGUCGUGUUAAUGCUGAAACAUUUGGUUUACAAUAUCGUUCAAUACAACAAGGUGGAAAUCAACGUUUUGGUUAUCGACGAAAUAAUAAUAAUAAUAGUCGUUAUCAACGUACAACAAACGGAAAUUAUGCUACUCGUAAUGCUAUGUACUAUGGAAAUGUAAACAAUCGAGUACGAGCCUAUUAA